AUGGCAGACAUCAAAGCCUAUCAAAUCUCAAUUAAGGAUUCCGAUAUUUCAGACCUGAAGGACCGGCUCUCCCGGGCCCGGUUCCCGGACGAGCUAGAGGCGGCCGCGUGGGACCUCGGAACGCCACUCGGCGAUGUCAAGCGUCUCACCCAGCAUUGGGCUGAGACUUUUGACUGGAGACGCGCCGAAGCCGAGCUGAAUAAGUUCCCGCAGUUCACGACACCGGUCCAAGCCGACGGCUUCGAGCCGCUCGAGCUGCAUUUUAUCCACCAGAGGAGCGAGGCCGCGAACGCCAUCCCUUUGCUUUUCGUCCACGGCUGGCCCGGCAGCUUCCUUGAGGGCACCAAGAUCAUCCGGCCGCUGGCCGAAGGCGGCGACGGGCACCCGGCCUUUCACGUUGUGGUGCCCUCGCUGGCCAACUAUGGCUUCUCCGAGGGCACCAAAAAGCGUGGUUUCUCCAUAGACCAGCACGCCGAGGUUCUGAACCAGCUGAUGCUCAAGCUCGGCUACGGCGAGUAUGUGACGCAAGGUGGCGACUGGGGCUGGGCCAUCACGCGGGCCAUGGCGAAGAAUUACCCGCAGCAUUCGAAGGCGCAGCACUUCAACAUAGCGCCCGCCCGGCCUCCGCCCUUCCUCAAGCACCCGCUGCUCGCUAUCCAGAGCGCCGUGACGCCCUGGACGGAGCAGGAGAAGCAGGCGAUGGGCCGCACGCAGUGGUUCAUGAAGGAGGGCAACGGCUACGGCCAGGUUCACUCGACCAAGCCGCAGACGCUGGGCUACGCCCUCUCGGACAGCCCCGUCGCGCUGCUGGGCUGGAUAUAUGAAAAGCUGCGCGACUGGACCGACGCCUAUCCCUGGACCGACGACGAGAUCCUCACCUGGAUCAGCAUCUACUGGUUCAGCACGGCGGGGCCAGCGGCCAGUAUCCGGCUCUACUACGAGAACAGGCACGACACGGACGCGGCCGGGGCGGAGGCGUGGACCCGGCUGAUGGAGUGGCAGAACUCCAAGGUCGGGCUCGGGAUCUUCCCCAAGGACAUUUUUAUGCCGCCUAAGCCGUGGACUCACCAGCUUGGCAAGGUCGUCUACCAGAAGAACCACCGCUCCGGCGGCCACUUCGCGGCUUGGGAGCGGCCCGAGGCUAUCGUUGGGGAUCUGCGGGAGAUGUUUGGCAAGAAAGGGGGCGCGAGGGGCGUUGUGAAGGAGAGCAGGCUAUGA